AUAACAGAAUCAUUUAAAGUAUAGAAACUAGCCGCGUGCAGCGCUUUAAGCCUACACCGUUUGCUCACCUCGCGCUAGUUCCUUAGGCUGCGUUGGAAAUUACAGUAUCUAUUUGAGCCGCCUGGGCGACGAUUGGCUCAGGCGGCUCGUUCGUUCUGUACCCUGAGCAUUGUCGCGUUGACUGAAGUAGAAUGUUGCUCUCGGCGCUAAACGGCUUUGUCAAGGACUCGCCAGAGCCUGACCGCGAGCCUGAGGACAUCGAGCAAGAGGUGCAGCAGGAGUUCUGCAGCAUACUCGAGCAGUAUGAGGGAAGCAAGCGGAGGACCGCGCCAUCGAUACCCAGCUUCUACAAGCCGAAGGCGAAGGCGAACUCGGUUGGAACGCUGGUGAAGCGCGAGGCGAAGCGGCGUAAAGAGCAGGAGACGCUGCUGCUGUCGGAGGACGAGCUGCGACAGAUCUGGUACAUGAUGGAGGAGCUGGGCAGCUACAACGACAGCGGCGACGAGGUGCGCAUCAACUACGACGGCUUCUCACAGGUGCUGACGCGGUGCCGCGAGUGCUUCGGCCCCCAGAUCGAGCCCUACUUCAAGGCGCCCGUGUUUCUCAAGUUCGAGCGCGACGGCAACGGCUGCAUUUCCGCCAACCAGUUCCUCAACUACCUCAACCUGCGCACCACCAUGCACCAGAACCGGCUGGAGCUGUCGGCGUUUGACCCGGACAACACGGGCAGCCUGACCACUGAGCAGCUGGAGGAGUACGUGAAGAGCCUGGUGCCGCAGGUGUCGGCGCUGUCAGACAUGCAGCCCUCAUUCCUCAAGGACUACGGCCGCAUUGCGGUGCGCAAGCUGCUGUUCUUCCACGGCAAGAACGGCGCCGUGCGCAUCCGGGACCUGGUCAACAGCAUCGUGCUGCAGGAGCUGAACGAGCUGAAGAACAACCAGCUGCAAGAGCACCAGCUCAUAUCCAACUGGUUCUCAUUCCAGUCCACCCAGCGCGUGUACAAGACGUUCCUGGCCCUGGACGAGGACAUGAACGGGCUGCUGAGCCGCACCGAGUUCAGCGCCAUCAGCAACGGCACCAUGAGCCCGCUCUUCAUCAGCCGCAUUUUCGAGGAGCACGUCAUGCGCAUGCGCGUCGUGCAGGGCCGCACCGUGCACAGGGACGAGAUGGACCUGAUGGCCUUCACGGACUUUGUGCUGGCCUGGGACCACCGCACCCACCCCGCAGCCAUCAAGUACUUCUUCGACCUGUUCGACCUCAAGAAGCAGGGUGUGAUCACGCCGGUGGAGCUGUACAUCUUCUUCAAGGAGAUCCACCACAUGUGGGUGCACGUCAUGCACGAGUACGCCGACCUGUCCAUCUACGACGUGGUGGACGAGAUCCUGGACAUGGUCAAGCCCAAGGUGACGGCUCGCAUUGCGCCGGAGGACCUGGCUGCCAGCGGCAUGAGCGGCAUCUUCUUCUCCAUGCUCAGCGACGUGAAGCAGUUCUACGACUACAACUACCGCGAGAACCUCAUGCACCAGGACGACGACUCUGGGAGCAGCUGAGGCGCUGAGGGGAGGGAGCGGCAGCAGGGCGACAGGAGUCCGGUGUGCAUUGCGGGCGCCGGGAGCGGCUGGGAGGAGGCGGCUUGGAGCGGCGUCUGGGCUGGGUUGGGACGUGGAGGCAGUGGUUGCCUCUGGAGUUUUGGCGUGAGAUGUGGAGGAGGGCCGGGCGGCGGCCAGGUGUGGCGGUCGGGUUUGCUGCCGAGUAGUGAGCGCGGCUGUGGGCGUUUGCGUCGGCGGCGGUGGGUGCCUGCGGGCGUCUUGCCGCGUGCGGGGUCGUGGCUGCAAGGGCUUUCCCAUUGCUGGGUACAUAGUCAUAUCAAGAGCUCUGUGAGGAAGCAGAGCGUGAAGCUCUUGGAUCGGAAACAGUAGGGGCGACGGGUAGCGACUGGAUUGGGCACGGCGUGCAAGUACGGCGCUGCAAGACGCGACGGACUGAGCGCUUCGGACUAAAAUUUAUUGUAAGUGACUGGCCAU